GGACCACGUGCACACUUGUCCCUUUCUGAGAAUCAUCGUUACGUUAUCAGUGCGUGCCCGAACCCACGAUGCGCGUACCCGGUGGUCUAUACGUCAGCAGAGCGCGCCACCCUUCUUCCUUUCUCUCGUCCUGAAGAUGGCGGCAGGGACUCUCUACACUUACCCAGAGAACUGGAGGGCCUUCAAGGCUCAGAUUGCUGCCCAGUACAGCGGUGCCCAGCUGAAGGUGGCCAGCACCCCUCCAGCCUUCACUUUCGGCCAGACGAACCGCACCCCCUCCUUCCUCAGCAGCUUCCCCCUCGGCAAGGUUCCUGUCUUCCAGGGCGACGAUGGCUUCUGCCUGUUUGAGAGCAAUGCCAUUGCUUAUUACUUGAGUAACGAAGCCCUGCGUGGCAGCAGCUCUGAAGCCAGUGCUCAGAUUAUGCAGUGGGCCAGCUUCGCCGACUCUGAGAUCAUCCCUCCAGCCAGCACUUGGGUCUUCCCCACCCUGGGCAUCAUACAGUACAACAAGCAGGCUACCGAGCAAGCCAAGGAGGAAGUGAAGCGGGUGCUUGGGGUCCUGAACCAGCACUUAAACACCCGCACCUUCCUGGUGGGCGAGAGAGUCAGCCUGGCCGACAUCACCGUCGUCUGCUCCCUGCUCUGGCUCUACAAACAGGUCCUGGAACCGUCCUUCCGUCAGCCAUUUGCCAAUGUUACCCGCUGGUUUGUCACCUGCAUCAACCAGCGGCAGUUCAAGGCCGUCCUGGGUGAAGUGAAGCUGUGUGACAAGAUGGCUCAGUUUGACGCCAAGAAGUUUGCCGAGAUGCAGCCCAAGAAGGACGCUCCCUCCAAGAAGGAGAAGGCAAACAAGGAAGGAGGAAAGCAGCAGCAGGAGAAGAAAGAGAAGAAGGAGAAGAAAGAAGACAAGAAGCCAUCCGCCCCUGCUCCUGAGGAGGAAAUGGAUGAGUGUGAUGCGGCCCUGGCGUCGGAGCCCAAAACCAAGGACCCCUUUGCUCACCUCCCCAAGAGUGCUUUUGUGAUGGACGAGUUCAAGCGGAAGUACUCCAAUGAGGACACCCUCACCGUAGCUCUGCCGUACUUCUGGGAGCACUUGGACCGCGAGGGCUACUCCAUCUGGUACGGGGAGUACCGCUUUCCAGAAGAGCUCACCAUGGCGUUUAUGAGCUGCAACCUGAUCACUGGAAUGUUCCAGCGGCUAGACAAACUGCGUAAGAACGCCUUCGGUAGUGUCAUUCUCUUCGGCACCAACAACGACAGCAGCAUAUCCGGCAUCUGGGUGUUCAGAGGACAGGACUUGGCCUUCACUCUUUCUGAGGACUGGCAGGUGGAUUACGAGUCCUACAGCUGGCGCAAGCUGGACGUAGAUAGCGAAGAGUGCAAGACCAUGGUGAAGGAGUACUUUGCCUGGGAGGGAGAGUUCAAGCACGUUGGCAAGCCCUUCAACCAAGGCAAGAUCUUCAAGUAACUGGGCCCGGUGUCUGCUUCUCCGAAUGUACCAUCCAAGCCUCCCAUGGACGUGUGCAUCUAGCCUCCAGCAAUUUGCCGCUCUGGACAGGGGUGAAUAGCAAGUGGAGUUGAAGGGGGUGCUGUUGAGCCAGAGCCUGGCUAAGGAGAGUAUUUGCUGAAAAAUAAACCAUUUUUCCAAAAUCCCA